AACAGCUAAAUUCCACCGGGUUUUGCAGACCAAGUGCUGAGUGAGAGAAGGACACCUCACUGCGUUUUCUUUUGGCCCAGGUUUGAAAAGAUGUUGUGCGUUCCUCUGUUUCUGCUUUUCUCUUUUCAUGCAGCUCUGAGCCUUAAAAUCUGCUCUUUCAAUGUGAGGUCCUUUGGAGAAGCCAAGCGAACAAGACCAGAAAUCUUGGACGUCAUUGUAGAGGUUAUUUCUCGGUGUGACAUCAUGCUACUGAUGGAAAUAAAGGACAACAGCAACAGGCUAUGCCCUUUCCUCUUAGAGAAAUUGAAUGGUCAUUUGCAAGAAAAGUACAGUUAUGUGGUCAGCAAUCGGUUAGGAAGAAGGACCUAUAAGGAACAAUAUGCAUUUUUCUACAGAUUAAAAAUGGUGUCAGUGAAGCAAAUCUAUCAGUAUCCCGAUCUGCAGCCUGAUGACGAAGAUGCACUUUCCAGGGAGCCUUAUGUUGUCUGGUUCUCUUCUCCAAAAACUGUGGUCAGGGAAUGUGUGAUAAUCCCUCUGCACACAACACCUGAAAUGGCCGUUCGGGAAAUUGAUGAACUCUAUGACGUGUACUUAGAUGUAAGACAACGCUUGAAGUCUGAGAAUUUCAUCUUCAUGGGAGACUUCAACGCUGGCUGUGGCUAUGUUGCCAAGAAACACUGGAAGAAUAUCAGACUGAGAAAUCACACUGAAUUUGUUUGGCUGAUUGAUGACAAAAGUGACACGACGGUGAAAGCCAGCACCCGCUGCCCCUAUGACAGGAUUGUUCUCCGUGGGGAUAAACUCAUAAAUGCUGUUGUGCCAGACUCAGCCGGCAUCUUUGAUUUCCAGAGGGCCUUUUUGAUGACUGAAGCACAGGCUUUAGCAGUGAGCGAUCACUUUCCAGUAGAGUUCCAGCUGAGAGCCAGCAGACAUUCCCCAAGACGAGCAAGAGCAAGCAAUCGUAGGCGCCUCUUGCAACAGGGAUAGACAGGAUACUGCUGUUCUCCAAAGAGAAAAGAAAUUGGAUGUCUAUUCACAAGAAAAGAGUGGGUUUAGUUUUUGACCUUUUCCUUGAUGUAUAUCGGCCUCCCAUGUGGCCUAUUUCACCAAAAAUAUGCAAAAUGAAACUAUUUUUAUUGUUAAAAGCAUUGAAGGUUAAAUAA